UGCAGAGGAUGGUCGGGAAAUGUUUAAAAGUUCAAGAAGGACUUGCUGAGCUUUUGUUUCACCACCUCGUUGCAAUCGCUGUCGUGGUUUUCUUAAAGGUGCACGAUUUUCGUUAAUCACCUAUUGUUUGCAAAUCAAUGGUUAAGAUCAACAUCGUUCUUUGUCAUGACCUUUGUGUUUUCCGUUGAAAGACAAGAGGCGCAGUUCCGGUGAACUUUCCGAGAAAAACCGGAAGUGCUUACAGGCAAAAUUAAGCGGUUACAAAGCCGUUGAGCUGUUGUGGUUGGAAGCAAGUAACAAUUCAUUUUCUUAUCUAGCGGUUUUCUUCUCCACGGUUUCACUCCAUCGACUUUCAAAACUUUGCAAAGUAAGUAAGUCUUUUGCUAUUUCUUUUAAAUGCUUGGAAUUUCAUCUGAAGCACGUUUUACCGAAAACGUGCGCGCCAACUUCGUGGCUUGUUCAGCCGCAUGGCUGGAGUUGUAUAAUUUCAUUUCAUUUUCUUAAAGAUGUCACAAUUUUGUUUUUAAUAUGUUAUUGUGAAUUUCUCAGUGGCAAGGGCUCCUCGGAAAUAAACAAGAGCAAGGAUAGCUCCUUAGUUAGUUUGAUGAAAUCGUUUUGUGGUAAUACGCGGCUUCCACGUGAAUUUAAACAUCAGUCUUAAAAAUAAAUAAUUCAAAUGCACAUGUCAGAUCAAUUUUUAUGAGGGAAAGCUUUUGUAGGGUGUGACCAGAUCAAGUAGGCGAAUUUCACGUGUAUUUAUGCUUUGUACACUCAAUUUCAUGUAACACGACGUAUUGUUAAAUGAGAGACAACUUGACUUCAAUCGUUGAGAUCGCAACAUAUUGCAUGGAGGUCAAACUCAAAGGUAGCAGCACAAAUAUAAUUAGGAAUUUACUUAGGUGAUGAUCUAUCUUGGGAGAAAAGCUUGAAAAACAUCGGCCAAAGAGUCUGCUACAAGCUAAUAAGUUUGUUAAAUAGAAUAUCGAAUUUUACUAAGCAAGGAUAUCCUUUUGAUAAGUGAUAAGGAUACUAUAGUCUAAAGAAGGAAUGUUCAUCAUCCAAUUUUUGUUCUUGUUUUUAUGCCUUUUUAACAAUCCGAAAAAAAAAUUUAUCCACAGUGUUAUGAUUUGUGGAAGGCGACGAGACCCAAAAAGCCACCAGGCUUAUGGGAGAGGCCACCUCACUUACAACAAUAUAUUUAAGAAAGGAUAAGUGCUGCGAAUGUGUGGCUUGGCCAAUUCAGUGUUUAUAUAGGUAAAAACUUUUGGAUUUUGUCUUAAAGCUAAGAAGAUUUGACUAAUGAGGGACUGAAACAGGAAGAGAGUUCUAAAUUUAGGACCUUGGUAAAGAAUUGUCAAUUGCUUGAGAUUUGUACGAGACAAAUGCCUUCGUUAAUUACUGGCAGUUGUGGUACCACAGCAGUGAAUUUGGCUAUUUGUAACAAAAAGAUCAAGAAGCAGUGGGGGCAAUAAAUAUUUUUAUUUAUAAUGAAACAUGAAUUUGGCCAUGUCAAACGUACUGACUCCGAAAACAUCCAACAUUUCUAGUUUUGAGAAUAAAAGAGAAAGGUGUUCUCGACAGUCUGAGUUGAUGAUAGCCCGCACAGCUCGCUUUUGCGAAAAAAUAAAUUCUAUUUAAGUUAGGUACGUUUGAGAACGACCAGGCGGAGUUGCAAUAGACGAUAUAGAGAUAAAUGAAAGUGAAGUUCAAAGUGAGUCUGGUUUUAAGGAUAGGAAAAAGCGAGACCUCAAUCGGUAUAUUACCUUUUGAUUUAGCGACAUGUUUACCUACAUAGCUGAUAUGGUGUUUCCAUGUGAGAUGAUCGUCAGUAUAGACCCCAAGGAAUUAAAUUGUAUUGGACUGUUUUAGGGGUUUACCUCCAAAGGAGAGAGAAAUGCUGGAGUUAAAUUUCUUCUGUCUGGGUUUAAAAAAUGAUGAAGUUAGGUUUCUUUGUAAUAACUGAAAGCUUAUUACAUUUUAGCCAAGCAUCAAUAUUGUGAAGUUUAUCAUUAAGUACGGAUUCUAAGAAAUUUGGGUUUGAGUGAGAAGAAAAUAUAAGGCUAGUGUCAUCAGCAAAAAGCCGAGGGUCUGUUAAUUCAGAGGCAUUUAGGAGGUCAUUUAUGUACAGAAUAAAACAAUAAUAAGCCUGAAAUAGAAUCUUGAUGGACACCACACUUGAUUGUUGGCAUCGAAGAACAAGCUUGAUUGAAUUGGACAAACUACUGGCGGCAAGAAAAGUAACUUUUAAACCACUGCAGAGCCACGUCACGGAUACCAUAGCGCUCCAAUUUGGAAAGAAGAUUUGUCGAAAGCUUUGGAAAGAUCUAGGAAGACACCAACCGUUUCGUGUUGGCCGAUUGCAGAAGCAAUAUUAUCUACCAAAUAAAUAAGCGUGUGUAAUGUCGAGUGAUUUUCCGAAAUCCAAACUGACAGCGUUACUAUAUGACUAUUGUUUCGGAAAAAGGUAGGAUCCUCUGCUUUGUAGAUGAAUUUUAGCGAUGUUAAGUUUUUCCGGAAAAAUUCCUUUUCGCAGUGAGAGAUUAUUAUACGUGGUUAGAUUUCUCUAAAAAACAUGUUAGAAGAUAGAGAUUUUACAAAAUGGACUGAGCCAUGCGUUCAAUAUUAGACACUUAAAGGAACACGUGUUCUAAAAAUUAUGCGGUCCAAGUUAAGUCUUCUUGCAGUAGAGACUGGAAGGCAAGUCCUUCGCGCAAUGUUGACCUUUGCCAGGGGACUGGGCAACAUUAAGUGUGCACGAGCGGCUGUAAUGAUUGUUUCCUUAGUCCGCCACCACAUAGUCACAAAAGUGUAAAUGUGCAACACCUUUCAAUUGGAUUGAAUUUGAAAAACGUCAAAUUGAAUUGGGUUCUUGUUUGUUUUCUUUUAAUUGAAGCUACCCUUGUUCCCUUCCCUUGCUUGGUUUUAUGGCAAUAAAUUUGUACAUCAUGGAAACGUUUUGUGCUCGUCGAUGAGCUGGAUCGAACAACACUUAAAUAUUUGUCUCGGAAAGAGUUUACUUGAUGCCCUUUAACUUUUCUUGGAUUUGAAAUUAUAGUGGCGCGUGUUAUAGUCAAGUCCAGUUUAAAAGAUAUUGAUUCGUUUUGGAUUCAGGCUCUUUACCGAUAGGCGAAGCACGAAUUAUAUAUGUCUUUCAUUAUGGUUGGAAAUUGCAUAACCUUCGAAUACCGCUUGUUCAAACACUUUCAAUCAUCAGAAGGUUAGGAGCCGUUCAUAAGUAAAUCGAAAUUCGGAAAAUUUCAAGAUUAUUUUCCACUCAAUGUGUCUAAGUUGAGACUGGUUAGAACCAGUUUGGCGCAAGGCGAUUCGUGGGCUAUUUGAAAUCUAACGGGAUCUAACGAGCGUUAGGAGUGAUUGUUCAUUUCGAUUCUUUCCGUGCUUUAGACAACCAUGUGGCUUUGGGAUUGGUUGGUACAAGACGACACCUUAACAGGAAAACUCCGAGCUUUCUCGGUGAGGCAUGUGAAGAUUUCUGAAGAAGACAUGACUCGCACCAGAAAGUUAGUGAAAGACUAUAUUGAGGACCGGAUCAUGGCGUACUGUCGACAGAAUUCCGAGCUUCCGAUACUGAAUUUGCAGUAUACCGGCAGCGUGUACGAGAGACUGAAAACUGAAGCUGCCGAUGAAGUAGAUGUCAUGGUAGUACUGAAGACGUCGAAGCCUUGGUUUUGGGGCGAUCCUGAGGUAAUGAAGGAAGAAACGGGCUUCCCAGGCUACGUGAGACUCAAAGCAACCGUGGACUCGAAACUUCGCAGAUAUGUUAGUUCAGAGGGGUACAUAAUUCCCGGACGACUCCGCGAGCGCUGGUUCUUCAGUCUUGUUUCACGAGCAGUUACAGAUUUAAGAGAAAAUUCGCCGGGGUCCAACCUCGACUUCGUUGUACGUCAACAUGGGCCUUCUGUUCAACUGGAUAUCUUCAGCAAAGAAACCGGGUGGAAGCUUUUGUCAGCGGAUCUCGUCCCUUGCUUUCAAAUUGGGACGGAUGAAUAUUUCGUGGCAAAGCAACACACUAGAGACGAACGGCUUUGGAGGCGGUCAUUUUCACUGGAGGAAAAACAGCUGCUGAAGCGCAUGGAUAAAGAUGACCAUGGUUGCAGACACGAGCUCCUGAGGAUUGUGAAGACCAUCGUCAAUAGGGAGAGAACAUCUCUGGGACAACUGAGGUCAUACUACCUGAAGACAGCCUUCAUGCACUACAUCAAGGAGAAGCCUUCCAAUUGGAAUGGAAGGAAUUCCCUGGGGGAACACUUUGUCGGAUUCUUGGCUGCAUUGCAGGCUUUCCUGGAGAAAAGAAACCUGCCAAAUUACUGGCUUCCUGAAGUAAACCUCUUGGAUGAGAUCCCCAACCCGGUGGUUGUUGGGAAUAUGGCGUAUCGUCUGAAACGAAUCCUCAACAGCGAAGUAGAGCGAAACAAAAUACUUGAAUAGCAGAGAGGACUCUAUGAAUGAACUUAUCGUUGACACUGUUUUAGUUGAGUGCUACUUGUCAUUAAAUUUUCAUUGAGUCCAUCAAAAAUUCACAUACAAUUAUUUUGCCAAAUCAGUUAUUUGGUAAGUCCUUUAAAAUUUGUUAUAACCAAGGUUGUAAGUGCUAAAUAAUUACCACUUCCUAUUUCAUUCAAAUAAACUCAGACUGCUUGGCUAAUUA